CUACAGCUCUGAAAACUCCACCGACGCUCAUCGGUCGUACUUAAUCGUGUAUCGGGCAUUAAAACACACUUGAAUGAUGACCAAUAAAACUUAAGGGAAUUAAUACGUUGGGUGUGGUGGUCACGCGGAUACGUGGCCUAGCAACGCGAGAUAAUUCAUCUGCGCCAUAAAGUCCAAGAACUGAACCUGGUCAUCUACUUUACGCACUCAACGCACUUUCAUCCGAUCCGUGAGUGUCACACACAGCAUAUUUAAUGCUGAGUUGUGCGUAAAUCAUUCUGGCCAGAAGCCACAAAAUCGAAACUAAAACCUCUGAUAGGAUUAAGAUGUCUAUGGUUUUGUAAGCCAACACAGCAGUAAUGUAGGAAUCAAUCAUCUGUUGAUAUAACGUGCAUUUCGCAACUAUGCUCCCUCUGUCCAGGAAAAAACGGCAAUAAAGAUGGUUAAGAUCUUUGUUGGCAACCUAUCCUCAAGCACGACCGCGGAAGAUCUGCGCUCUCUUUUUUCUGAAUAUGGCAAAGUAAAAGAGUGUGACGCCCUGAAAAAUUAUGGCUUUGUGCACAUGGAAGGUAAGCAGGAGGCCGAAGAGGCUAUUCGCAAACUCCACCAUCAUGAGCUGAAAGGUCAAGCCUUAAAUGUGGAGAUGAGCAAAGGGAAGCCCAGGGGCUCCACCAAACUGCAUGUGAGCAACAUCUGCAGUGGCUGCACCAAUCAGGAGCUCCGGGCUAAAUUAGAAGAGUAUGGCCCUGUGGUAGAGUGUGACAUAGUGAAGGACUAUGCCUUUGUUCACAUGGAGCGAAUGGAGGAUGCCAUGGAGGCCAUCAGUGGGCUGGAUAACACGACCUUCCAAGGCAAGCUGAUCAAAGUACAACUGUCCACAAGUCGCCUCCGUACAGCGCCCGGCAUGGGAGACCAAACUGGCUGUUACAUCUGCGGAGAACCGGGCCACUGGUCCAAAGAUUGCAGACGUGGCCAAAACGGUAGCUAUGGCGGAGGCAUGGGGGGAUUUCCCGGUGGUAGAGGCCCCCCAAGGAGCACUCCGAGUUACGGCAUGGGCGGCCCUGGAGGUCUUCCUAGUAGAGGUUACCCAGCAGGGCCGCUUCCCCCUCCCCCACCUAUGAGCCGGCGUCCCAGCUACGGCGAGUACGUCGCGGAUGCUCGAGAACGGUACCCCAGCAGGCCGCCGAGCGCCUACCCCGAGAGGCCGUCCGCAUAUGAGCGAGAACGCUACAGAAGCAUUGACUAUUACGAGAAGUAUCGGGCUCGUCCGGCUGGCUCUAGCUUCUUCGAGGAGAGUAGGCCUCUCUCUAUUCCCCCUCCUCCUCCCCCUCCCUCUUCUUCCUCUCUCUCAAGGAUGCGGUUGGCUCCUCCCAGCCUCGAUCCCUAUGAGCGACGCCCUCUGGCGCCUCCGCCUCCCACGGCAUCGGCGUACUUCUCGCGGGACCGUAGCCCAAUCAGACGUGUGGGCGCCGGUUCGGAAGGCUACUUGUACAAGCGCUCGCGACUUUCUCCGGUAUCAAGGAGCUCAUCGACUUACGCCGUGCUGCGGCCCAGAGAGAGCUACACCGAGCGGGUUCGAUAUGCAUACUAAGCCACACACAUGCUAAGGUGUUGUCAAGUGAAGAGACUUCCCUUCCACCUAUAAGACUUUGCCUCAAUCAGAUGCUCCAUUGGAUUUCAAAGAUGCAGGAUUUGAUUGAUCACAAUGCUUAUUAGCUCUGCUCAUUAAUGUUUUACCCAUAAUGCACAAACUGCUGUUUAAUUUCCCUUUCCAAAGGAUCUGUAGCCUAUAUGAUUGCAAGAAGUGGUUGUGAUUUUGGUUUUUGCUUUGCUUUUCCAGAGGUAAGGUGGGGUGUCUAAUGUCAGCAUAAUUUUAACUCCGCUAUUAACUACAAUUAUACAGAUGCUCUGUGAGAUUUAGAAUUUUACUUUCGUCUCUACUUUCCCCCAGUCAAGUUGUUGUGAUCCACUAUUAUUUACCCUUUUUAAUGCUCCAAGACUUUUCUUCAGCUGUCAGGUUGGUUUGCCACUUAAAUUUCUUUGAUUUAUGUUUGGUGACGACAAUCUGGUUAUGUUUCUUCUGGCAAUAAUAAUGCCAGCAUUGUGUAUUUAUAGGGGGAGUGGCAAUCUGUAAUUAAUCCUGCGGCUGCAAAAAGCUUUUUGGGGAAUAAAAACUCAAAUUCAACAUUCCAACAUUUUUUAUUAUUUGCUACAGGUGAUUGGUAUAUACAGACUGUUCAGAUUUGAAUUGUACUUGCUUGCUGAAUUGUGUUAUAUCUCAUUGGUACGUUCAACAGGAUGGUCAACUUGUUUCUCCUACCAAUAUCUGUGAGUUUUUGUGAUUUGGGAGCUUGGAAGUGAAUUUUGAGCUUGUUUUGAUUGCCCCUCUUAAAAAUAUGAUUUCGUAUACAACCUAAAUAGUUGGGCAGCUUUCAGUGGGAUGCAAACUGUUUUCUGUUCUGUACACACCAAUUACUGUUUAUGGCAGGAGAUCAUUACGUUAUAUGAAGAUGGAAAGGUGGACUGUACAUGUGAGUGAAUUGGAAAUUUGCAUUAGAUGUGCUAACCAACUCUCACUCGGGGCUUUAUUCACCUUUUGAGACUGCUAGCUUUUACUGGCGAUUCUUCUUUAUGGGUGCCGUGGGAAGCUCUAUGAAAAAGUUUAUAAAUUUGAUUUUCUGUAGUUUGUAUAUUUCCUACAGAAGUCAGGAGUGUGUUUUAUGAAUUAUCUUUUGUAAUAAACCAAUAUUUUGGUGACAAAAAUA